AUGCUUCAAAUGGUGAUUUUUACACUUGAUUUUUGCAAUCUGAACGAUUUUUAUGGUGAAGAGCUAUCAACAUUCAGGACACUAAACAAUAUUUUCCUAUUCAGUCCAUGGUUAGUACAAGAUGACAAUGCUUUGUUCAUUUUAUCGGUAAGUUUACUAUUACAUGGAAUAUUUAUCGGCAUUUUCUACAUCUUUGCAUUAAAAUGUAAGCAGCAUGUAUUCAUCAAAAAGGAAAUACUUACUAUUUUCCGUGUUUUCAUUGAUGUAAUUUUUCCAUUGUUCCAAUAUGAACAAUUCUUUCUUUUCUCUGAAGUUUUCAUAAAGUUACUUGAACAACCAAGCAUUUUCUUGACAAUUGCACUCCUUCUUAUGGGCUGUGAAGUUUGUAUUUACGCAUUGUAUGAUUACAUGGCAUCUAUCUUCAUAAGACCUUGUCUUUUCACAAUAGAAUCUAUUAUCGAGCGUUAUUCCGGUGUAACUGACCAGAUUUUCUAUUGGUGCAAAUUUUCUUCCUUAUUCGUCCAAGUUUAUCUUUCGAACAGGUACCAUUACCUUGUAGAAAUCAUACUAUACUGUUUGCUACUGUUUGCAAUCAUCUACGUGAUCUGCGCAAGAGUUGGCCGAGGAAUUCACGUAACGAUCAUUGGCGCAUUGAUGGAAGACGCUCCGUUGAUUAUACAACCAUUAGUUCUUCUCUACCACCUGCAUAGAAGAUGGCCAAUGGCUCCUCUUGUUGUAUAA